ACUAGCGCAGUAAACGGCAGGUGCAUUUUGUGUACACGUUGUAUGAUAUAAAAAUGUAAAUUCUGGAUAAAAAACCACAAAAGACAAUGAUUAACUUUCUCAAAGUCCAGAUGUAAUUCACCAGUGUCACAGAUUGUUGCCUUGUAUUAAACUGCCUUUGUUCAAGUGACUACCUUCACUACAUGAACACACACACCAUUGGAGAAAGAGAUUCACAACCUUCCAUCAGCGAUGCCAAUAAGCGAGGAAAAUGCAGCCAGAUCGCUGUGCCUCCUCACCGAAUUCCGAGACGCGUCAGGCAGCAGUGCGCAACAGCAGGAAGAUGUCCAACGCAGCAUCAACGUCCUCAGUGCCUACCUCAACAGCAUUCUACCCGCAGCCACGUCAGUAGCUGCAACCACUGCGGCUAGCCAGGCUGGGGCAGUAGGAUCAGAAGCCCCCUACGAAAAGCCUGGGGGUGAAGGUGAUCGCAACAGAGAGGAGAUCAAAGUUUUUGCGUUUCAGUCUCCCCCGGCCCCGAAGAGCACCUUAGACUUCGGGUUGAUCUUGCAGAACGGCGGCGCGACAACGGCGACGCUGCAACGGCAGCAGAAACCGGAACCUUUUGUAGCACCUCCGGCAAACAGCAAAGCAUUGGGGAACAUACGCAUCGCUGCGAUCGCACCGGGGUCAUUUGUGCAGCAGGACGGACAGCUGAAAGUUGGGGAUGAAAUCAUUGAGAUCAAUGGACAUCUGAUGGAGCGAUGCUCUGCUGAGCGAGCAAGAUUCCUCUUGGAUAGUGCCUUAAGGUCAGGUAAACUGUGCGUGGCUAUCUUACGGAAGACCAAAAGGAAAGCGCCCAGGCCCCCUCCAGGUAGCAGCCCAGCCCAGACGUUGGACCAGACCAGCCCCCUGCCGGCUCGCAGACAGGUAUCCCUCCCGCCGCCAAGCAGACAACCACUUAGUGCCCCUUCCCAGGCAGCCGAUCUCAGCAACGCUGCGCUUCAUGCCUCGCAACAUCUGAGCGCGAUUUCCCCCGAGACUGAAAGGCGUGCCGGCAUCAGCGGUCAGCCUCGCGGGACGCAACAUCUGAACGCCAUUUCCCCCGAGGCCGUGGCCAAAAACAGCAACGGCCCGGUGCGCAGCACACACCAUCUGAGUUUGAUCUCGCCAGAAGACCAGAUGAAUUUCAGCAGAGGUCAACCCUUACCCGUCGGAAGUAUGUGGGGCACCGGCGGGGAGAGGAGCCAAAGUACAAAGAGAGCAGCACCCAGACAGCCCCAAGGGACGGGUGCCAGUCAGGAGACACAAGCAGGCAGGAUGGAUGAGCACGUACCCCCAUCGAAGACGGUCAAGGUAUCGGAGACGGCACCCCCUGUGUCGGUGGCCAGGAGUGACUCGGUGCUAUCCAAAAUGUUACCAGAAGUCAAGCGGAAUAAACGGGAAGUUGUGAAAAUCCACCUUGUCAAGAGCAAAGGAAUACUGGGUAUCCAGAUCGCUGGCGGCAGAGGGUCCAGGAAGGGAGACAUUGGUAUCUUUGUGGCUGGUAUAGACUCUGGAAGUCCUGCUGAAAGGGAUGGACGUCUUCAGAAGGGGGAUGAGAUACUGAUGAUCAACGGUCACAGCCUGAUCGCCGUGACUCACCAGGACGUAGUGGACAUCCUCUGCCGGUCCGGAAGCAUCGUCCAACUGGUCAUCGCGAGAAAGAGGAAACACCGCCACCGCAAUCGUCAACAGCACCUCGCCCUCAACCAAACAGCGUCCAGCACCUCAGAGUCCGACAGUAUCUCCAGCCAGCACUCCACGCCCCGCAGCUCACCGCGGGGGUCGGCGCGGCAGAUCCAAGAGAGGAAUAAUGCCGCAGCGGUACUUAGCCCUAACCUCCUGGGAACCGUCGCAGACGAGACUGAUCUUGGGACCCCUAGGAAGACCAGCUUGGAGACGCAGCAUGAAACCCUGGUGAAUCGGUUGGCUGUCCCCGAUGCGUCAUCUCCACCCAAGCAGCCAGCAAGGAGUGACAGCCCCAAGCUUUCCCACCACCCCACGGGCCGGAAUUCGCCCAGCCUCACCGUGGUGCAGCAGAUCGCGCUCAUCAAGGGGGCUUAUGGGAAGGGGUUGGGGUUCAGCAUCGUCGGGGGCGAGGACUCGAUUAAAGGCAAGAUGGGGAUAUUCGUCAAGACCGUCUUUCCAUCGGGUGCCGCUGCUGCCGAUAACAGACUCAAGGAAGGAGAUGAAAUACUGGCAGUGAAUGCUGAAUCCAUGGAAGGAAUGACCCACAAGCAAGCAAUCAACAAAUUCAAGCAAAUAAAGAAAGGGGUCGUGACCCUGACAGUGCGGAGCCGACUGGUUGGGAGGCCAGCCUCGCCCGCAGACAGUCCGGUGGCCCCGCCCAGAAGGAAGAGGUCUCGAGCUGAGAGUGGUUUCAAGGAUGCAGCCAGGCAGUACUCUCCAGCCUCUGCCGUUCAAGAUUCAGCCCCGGUCAUCAAGGAAGACCCCAGUGUCAAGAUGACCAAGGAGAUUGUACUACAUAAAGAGCAAGGAGAGAGUCUAGGCAUCGGCGUCGUGUGUCUGCCAGAGCCUGACGCUAGUGACGAGAGGAGGGUGUAUAUCCAGCAUCUUGAAGAGACAUCGCCUGCCAAGAAAGACGGCCGAUUGUGCCGUGGCUCUCAGUUGUUGGAGGUGAAUGGGGAAGAUCUACGCAAUGUGAACUUACAGAGAGCACACAAAGUGUUUGGGGCUGUGCAGUCCGGCCCGGUUCAGCUGAAAAUUGCAAGGCAUCCUAAUGAACAGGAAUGUGAAGCAGAGAUGGAGAAAGCCAUGGAGAUGGUAGCGUUGUCAGGGCAACCAGAUGAUAACAACAUUGACAUAACAUCAGAAGGUAGCACCCCACGACAAGAUCUCUCAAUGGAUGUGGAACCCUCAACUGAAGAAACGGAACCCCCACAGCCACCAGCCAGGCCCAAGAAUGAAGAAUAUGCCAUUGACAAAUCAGCACCAAUCACUGCCGACCACGUGGAGCCAGUCAUACAGAGCACCACAGCGUCUUCAUCUCACCAAGCCCCGCCCGCCAGUGGUAGUCUCCAGUCCCCGACAGUCAGCGAACUCGCCAUGGCAACCAUGCAAAGCAUGAACUUUAUGGGGCCGAGACGGGACCUGAAAAACGAGAAAUCGUCAUCCUUGUCAUCGUCCAUGUCAUCAUCAUCCAUGUCUCUCAUGGACAGCCAGUCCUACAAAUCAGGCUCUGAGAGUGAAUUGAACAGCAGCAUGGAGAGGGAAUUAGACUCCGCCUCAGACUUGUCACCCAUCCGAGCCGUAGGCAGGCCCGGCCGACGACCUGGCAAUUCCAGACGGAAAGGUAGGGUCGGGUCGGACCUAGCCAACGAGUACGAGGCCUACCUUCAUUCCUGCCAGAACAGCGAUGUCAGUGAGGAAAAGGAAGACGAGGGGAACAAAGAAAACAGGGACCAGGGUAAAGAUACUUUCCAGGAAUUGGCCCCAGGAAAACAGAUUGACAUCCUACAGAUAUGCCGCAGCCCUGGGGAAAGACUAGGCAUGGGUUUAAACAUCCAACACACUAAAGGGCCCAACAGCAUCAUCCAGGGGGUCUCUGUGAAGAAUGUCACUCCAGGUGGAGCAGCAGAGCGAGCGACGGGAGGCCGACGGGGAAUAUGCAUCAGCGAUGCCAUUCUUGCCAUAGAGGAGAGCAUAUUGGAAGUCAUGACCUAUGCCGAAACGGUCAAACUUCUCUCAGAGUUGCCCCUGAAUAUUCAGAUUGUUGUUGCCAGGGACAUGAAGGAUCCUCCGCUGGAAAAUCCAACUUCCAUCUCGGAAAAGAUGACCGAAGGCAUUUAUGAGAAUUUGCAAACAACUGAGGUUGCUCUGACUGAGAACCAAUACUGGGAGCGUAUUGAGCAAAGCGAACCCAAUGCCAUCCUGCUGAAUGCGACCAGACUCAUAAACACCACAGAUGCCGAGAAGCGAAAUGGCAUCACCUUGGAGUACAGGACACAAGAAUUGUGGAACACCAUAGAGUCCUGUACAAACAACUCCCUCACAAAGAAAACCAACGGAAAUGCUAAUGAUGCCGCAGAAGAGAGUAUGGCUGAGCAGCUAGAUAACCACAGAGACAGGGUUCCAGACGAGUCACCUGCCAAAAAAGAAGUGAAAGCCACUGAUGCAGAUCAAGAACCAGACUCUCCACAAGCCUCAAAGAAAAUCUGUUUGGCCAAUGAGAACCAUUCUAUGUAUCCAGACGAGGAUUCAUCUGACACAAAUGAGGAGGAUGAGGAGGAGGAUGAGGACCUGGGUGAUCUACUGAUGCUGGAUACUGAAUUAACUGAUGAAGAAGAUGACGUUGAACCGAUCAUCGGGAGGCACAGGUAUUCAAUUCCCCUGCCAAAACCACAGAGAGACUCUCAACAGGGUGCUGCACAGAAAAAAACUGAAGACCAGAUUACGGUUGCUGUAAACCACAGCGAAGAAAACCCAGUUAGCCAACAACAGAUUGACAACCAUCGUCUUGGUGGUAAUGUUGGGGGAUUUGAAGAACAAGAUGCCAUGGAUACCAGUGAUCCUCCAGUCACGGACAUUGAUGAUCUGAUAUUGUCCGAUGAAGAGGAUGUGGUGGAGAUGAAUGAGAAUGAGGAGGCUGCAGGUGGUGUUGGAAAGAUGUGCACACUUCCAGACAUGCCCAACUUGCCGACGUUUACCUCCUAUGAUGAAACAGAUGCUGGGCAAAAUCAUCUUAGGAACCAUCGGCUCUCAGAGGUUGUCGAGGAGGAGAUUGUCAUGAGAAACGACACUCCUGUCUUCACCCCACCUCCUCUGAUGAGGGACUCUGUAGCAAGCUGUGAAGUCCGUGACAGUGAUGAUGAAGAUGACAGCAGGCCAGAAGCAAAGACCCUGGAUACAGAUGACGAGAAUGCCAUCCCUCCUCCAUUACCAUCCACCAGUCCUCCCAAGGAGUUCAUCCUGGAAUUUUCCCACAAUAUGCCUCCGUCUGUUCCCAUCACCUCUCACAAUAAGGAUGAGGACAGUGCAGAUGGGCAUUUUAGCGAGGCCAGCCAGAUUCAGUCAAACCUGACCCGAUCCAUGUUUUUACCCAAAAGGGCCUCCACAGAGCCAGUGGUCAAAGGUAGUCAAGGCCUGCCUCUCCUGGCGAAACCCAAGACCCUGUCAACACUUCCCAUUGCAAAGGGCAAAGAGUCUGAUAGUCUGAGAGUGACCUCUCUGAAAUUGGGUCCUGGGUCUGCAUCCCAACUCCGCCCACUCUCUCUACCCUUGAAAUUACCAAGCCCUCUGACAACUCCAGUCAAGUCUGAGAAGUCUGCUACUCCUGCCUUGUCCAGUCGGCAAGAUGACCAACUCAAAAUGAAUCAAUCUGAAUCUGCUGAUUGGGAAUCAAAACCAGUAGAUAACUCUCAGGAUAGCUCCCGGGAAUUGAGUUCUGCCGUCGAAGACAUUUUUGCAUCUGUCAUGGACAAUUCUGAAGACUUGUCAGACAACAGCAUGGAAUUGAUUGUGGAACACACAGAGGAAAUGUCUGCCGAGAGCGUCCUUCAAGUUCCAAGUCCUGGAUCCCCGGAGAAGGCAUCCUCUUUUUUUAUGAGACCACCAACAGGAUUUGGAGAUGAUUCGCUGAGCUCCUGCUCUUCCCCUGACAAGGAGUACCAACCCAUCAUUUCAGAGAACGGUCAGAUUGAGAGAACAGUCAGUGAAUCCUCAUCAUCUCUGAAUCUAAGCGAUGCCUCUGACCAAUUGUCAGAGGACGACUUCCAAGCUGUUUCACCUCUACCUUCUGACACACCUAUGACACCUUUCCCGGAGACCUUCUCGAACCUAAACACCACCAACAGCAAUUCAAACAACACUACGCAGUUGCGAUUGUUCCAGAGGGCACAGUCUCUGGAUGACAGUGCCAUCAAGGGCAGGAAAGUCAUCAAGGCCAACCCAGCAUCAUUCAAUUUUGAUCAAGAUUCCAGUGAUGACGAAAUCAUUCCCAGUCAUGUUCGCAUGAAUGGACUCAGAAGAGACAACUCAGACACUAAAGCCUCAGAAAAAUCAGACAUAGCAAGUGCCAAACCUAAAACCUCUCUACAGCCCAAAGUUGCCACUGGUGUGGAAAACAAGAAGCCACAUUCUUUUGCCCAAGAUGCUGAACCGGAAGUGAAACCAGAAAACCUUACAUCCCACCGCCUUCACAAGUUGGACAAGUCAGACUCUUCUGGUAGUGACACAGUGACUCCUACAUCACCAAGGUUGCCACCAGAUGGUCACGAAUCCCCUGAACAGAUCUCAAAGUGUCCCAGUGCCGGAAACUCUCCUUCCCCUUCUCCAACUGGGACUAUUAAAACCAGCAGAGACCUACUGUUUGAAAAAGUGCCUAACCCAAUCAUAACUGAAGUUGUUCAGAGUGCCUCACCAGUUGAACCUUCCAAACCAGUUGACGUGGUAAAAGAGCCUGUCAAGCGACCCAGUGAAAUUAAGCUGGGUUCUCCUGACACUUCAGUUUCACCAACUUCAAAGGCUUCCAUUUCUCCGAAUCUUCUCAGUACACUGGAUGAAGACAAGGAGCCAACAACACCGACUAGUGUUAAGGAGAGAGCCUCCAUGUUUGGCUCUGUGCUCAAACGUCGUGCCCCAUCAGGAUCCCCCAAGUCCCCUGUUGCUCUAUUUGAGACGGAUGGCGAAGCUUCAAAAGACCCACAGGUGGCAGAGCAAAGAAAGAGCCCUUCUUUUACACCAGUUGGUCGGAAUCUGAAAUCAUCACAGGACAGUAGUUCUGGCAAUGAUGAUAAAUUUGCCAAACAUGAAGACAGGGUACGUGAUGAUAGUGGAGAUGCUACUGAUGACAAUGAAGUUCCACCUCCUCUUCCAGGAAGCCCUCCUCCUCUCCCAAAUAGCCCACCUCCAACUGGUCAGCAGUCUGAUGAGCUGUACAGUGAUCUUCAUCCAGAGGAAUUUGUUCCAGAAAGUACAGGUCAUGAUGAAGGCCUUGCAAACCCACCCUCACCUGUCCUGAUGAGCAGCCCUCUGGAAAAGACAUCUCAUCAAUCACCAGGAGGUGCAUCCAAUCCUAGGAGCUCUACACCAAAAAGAUCAGAGAGUCCUCCAAGUGCCUCUAUUGACCCUGUUGAGGAGUUGAUUGCACCAAAACAUCUUCAGGAAGUGGCAGCUAUACCGUCAUUAAAUCGAUUGCCAUCCAACUCGGAACCUACUGCAGACAUUAAGACUUCCAAACUAAAAGAAAAUCGCCCUGUUCCAAAGGCAAGGUCUUCAAAGGUAAAGCUUUCACCCGGAGAUUUUGAACUAGAAAAGAAUAGUCUGGAUGAGCUUCCUGUUACGACUGAUGAAUCAUCCACAAAAACAACAAAGAUUCAACUCUCAGCUGCCAGUCUUGAUUUCAACUCUGAAAGAGAUGAUGCCACAUCUCCUGUACAAGAUCCACUGCCUGUUGAAGACACUACUAACAAGGAAGACAGUCUCGCAAACACUGAAAAAUCCAUGCCUACCUCCUACCUCUCCAAGCCAUUGUCUCUCCAAUCUCCCGAAAAGAGUAAAAACCUGGUGGUUCCCCCCUUGAGAGCAAGCCAGUUUCCAAAGAAGCCAUCUAUAUUGGAUAGCGUCGGCCCAAAACCGGUCGGAGCUUCCAAGCUGAAGGGUCUGUCUGUCCCUAAGAAGCUCUCAGGGUCUGCAACAAUGACCAGUCCAACUCAGGGAAGCCUGCCAAAAAUUGGUACGUCAGCCAUCAGCCCCAAGUCAAUGCCUGUCCUCCUGUCAACCAAAGCUAACAGUCAAGGGACAGCAGGGCCUUCACGCACAAAGUUGACGAUGAAAACGUUCCCGUGGGACAAAGAAGUGUCUGGUUCAGAACAAAAAGCUGAUGAUACAGGUGCAAAACCGAGUCAACUCCUCCAACCAGGCAUUAGAGUUGAUUCAAAGCCGGCGCCAAAACCAGUUGCGAGGCUGAACCCACCACACAUUGGUCCUAAACCCCAGCCAGAGCCCAGGAUGUCUGCACUUGCUCCUGCAGGCAAGUCAACAUUAAGGCAAGGGAUGCUGAAUGUUUCGUCAGCUUUAACAAGUCCAGUGCUAGGGAACGACCAGUCAAAAUCCCUAAACUCGGAACUGAAUGUAAGGAGAACUGCACAAGCACCAAGCAAUGCCCAAAAUGCAAAGUCGCCAAUAUGUGAAUGCCAGAAGGAUGUUGCUCCCCUUCCAUCAAGUGGACCGCCUCCCCUACCAGAAUCCUCUCCGCCACGGACCUCCACUCCAAGCUCUAGCCCACUGAAGUUGGAUGAGGAUGGGGAUGAGUCUCCCCCGGCUCUUCCAUCAUUACCACCUCCAUCCUCACUUGGCAACUCCCCAAGAUUGGAUGAAAGCAUCGAGAGCCAGGACGACCCAGAUGAGGGUGUGCUAGAGAUAAAGAUCGUGAAAAAUCCUGGUGAGAAACUCGGCGUCGGCAUCGAGGGUGGCUCGGACACGUCCAAAAGCUGCAUAUACGUUAAGACCAUCGCCCCCGGAUCAGCCAGCCGCCGCACUGGUAGACUGCGCAUCGGGGACCAGCUACUGGACGUGAACGGUAACUGCAUGGUGGGCAUUACCAACGCCCAGGCCAUGAACCUUCUGGAGGCCGCCCCCUCCCACAUCACGCUAGUCGUUGCCCGGAAGAAACCGGAAGAAAGCUCAUACGCGUCGGACACGGACGAGGAAAUCACGGACCUGGCGACGGAACUUGCUCAUGCCGUAACAAUGGACGGUGCCUCUUCAGACGAGGAUUCAAGUACCAAAAUCAUUAGGGGACACGGGAGACUAGACAGUGACGAGCCAGACUCUGUAUUUUCGGGAAGUAAGUCCUCCACGCCAGAGCCGCCGUACAGCCCAAAUUCAGACGGUGGCCCCAGCCCAAGGAAAACCGCAUUCCCUAAACUCAGCAUGGAUGGAGAUGAGCCGGACUCCAAGAGCGUGGUCAUGAGGAAAAAGAUCAAUGAAAGAGCAAAGAGGAAUUUCCCUAUGGAACGAGAUCCGCGAGGACUCUUGGAGCGUUCCUGGUCAGAGAGUUCCACCUCCACCAUCCUGCUAUCCACCAGCGAGCUGGAGAAGCUGAUAGAGGACGCCAAUGAAUCCCUGGAUGACAUGACAGACAGCAACGUGUCGGUCGUCAUCCUGCACAAGGAGAACGAGACCCAGGGACUCGGGCUGACUGUGUCCGGAGGCAUUGACCAGGAGAAGAAAGAAAUAAUGGUGCAUCGGGUGAUACCCAACGGGCUGGCUGAUCGCACUGGGCGCAUCCAGCGGGGAGACCGCGUGCUAUCCGUCAACGGCCGGGUCCUGAAGGAUGCCACUCACACUGAGCUGUUGGAGAUGCUCAAGAGCAAACGGCAGGACGUGGUGCUGGUGGUGGCAAGACACCACGUUCCUGAAGAGGAAGAGGAAUCGCCAGCCUCUGAGAUGGCCGAUAUCGAGAUGGCCAAGGGGCCGGCCGGGCUGGGCUUCAGCGUAGAAGGCGGCAAGAGCUCCCCAAAGGGUGACCUCCCGAUCACCGUCAAGAAGAUCUUCACUGGCGGGGUGGCCAAUCGCAGCGGGCAGAUACAUGUCGGGGACGAAAUCGUGGAGGUCAACGGCAAGAAAAUGGCCCCCAUGACCCAUUUUGAGGCCUGGACCUUUCUGAAAGCCCUGCCGAUUGGGAUCGUGAAGAUGAGGAUCAGACUGGCCAAGAAAGCAGAGUAGUGCGCACCUCAGUAGGUGUCCUUGCUGAAUUGGGGGAAUCACUGUGCACAAAAUAGUGCCCUCUGUUGACCCGGAUUUGACAACCAAACUUAUGCGUUCUGUUGAAAGUGAAGGACAGUCAAAAAUUGCGCCCUCUGACAACGGGGAUUUCCAAGCCAAAGUAACAUCCUCUGUUGACAGGGAUGUGUCAGCCAAAAGUGUGCCCUCUGUUUACGAGGAUUGCAGAGGCAAAAUAGGGCCCUCUGUUGGCAGUGAUGGACAGUCAAAAUAGCGCCCUCUGACAACAGGGAUUUCAAAGCCUAAAUAGGGUCCUUUGUUGAACCGGGAUUUCAUCAGCGCCAACAUAGCUCCCUCGAAACAGCAGUGUGUGUGAUGGAUAGUAUUCUGUGCUAAAAAGUUUCUGUUCAGAAAAACGUGUUGUCGAAUAUGUCAAGAGCUUAUUCCUAUAAUAGUUCCUGCAUGUGAACUCACUGUUGACUGAGCAGCUUUAUGAUGCACAUUAAUAGGCAGAAUAUUAAAGUGAAAACACUUCACCGCUGGCCACUACCGUAACGUUUGUUGAACUAGUCGACGCCUCUUAAAAAUUGGCCAACCUAGUUGGCAAUGUUUCCUGUUAUCGUGUUUAUGGCUUCAAGCUGUUCCACUGACUCCCAUCAGGUAGUGAAUGGAGAGGGUAGUCAAGUUCACUCCUACCCAAUACCCUGUCCAAGAGGCCUGCAACCGCUCAUCUCUGUCAGAAAAUUUGGGAAGUGAAGAUAUCGCCAAGCAUUGUUAUAGUAAACACCGCAAAAAAAGGAGAAUUCCACGCUCAUUGGAAAAGUUGCAAAUGUAAAAGAUUACGUGAGUGGAAAUUGCGCUGUGACAAUGUUACACUGCCCGAAAUGAAAGCCAGGGAAUAUCGAUCCCACAGUGCUUGUAUGCAUUGGAGCACGCAGGCUAUUUGAAUGACCCCCGCUUUGUUCGGGCACUGUGCAAUCUAUAGCGGCCAAUGACGGGCAUGUGUGGUUACGCUAAUUUCCCCUCUUUUAAUUUGCAACUUUUCCAACUGUGUCAUUUUUCAUAAACCGUUGUCAAUGUUGGACAAUUACAGUCUUCGGUAGCAAACGGGGUAUCAAAAUGUAGCUUACAAAAUUCCCCAAAGGUCUAUAUAAAAGGCAUCAUCACAAGACGAUCAGAUUUAAAAUUAUGACCCCUCCAGUGAGUGUGGACUUUCUUUUUUUGUGGUAUUUAGUUUACUGCCAAAAUCAAUCCACGAACAUUCCAAACACACAUGUUGCGCAUAUGCCGAAGUGUUGACCAACAAGUGUUGUUGGUUAAACAAAUCUGUCCAAUGAAACUUUAUAGAUAAUUUAAGAGAUCACCAGGGCCCAUGGAUUGGGAAGAACAGAUGAAAUAGUUGACUAGCCUAAAAAUAGCCCCCUCUAUUGUCCAUGCAGGGAGACGUUAGUGCUAUAUAUUGGAGUCAUGUCUUAGAAAUGUAAAUUGUGUGCUCUUUUACAUUUAUUCUUGCUCUUUUAUCCAAGUUCUUCACGAUGGACUUUUGGUGGUGACGACCACCUAUUUGUUCAAUGACUGGAAAAUUCUUGUUGAUAUUAUAAAUAUUGGUAAAAAAAUUAUGUCAUUUUGAUUAUUGGGAUAAUGAGCAAUAAAAAGCUGCCUUUAUUUUUAAUAUUUUCUGCACAUUAUAUGUGUGUAUUGCAACUUUGUGAUGCUCUAUGUUUUAAUUUUUUAAUGAAAUGAAACAAUUAUCGGAAGCGAUUUCUUAUUCAUAAAUAAUUUAAGAGUGCAAAUAGGCCGUUGGAGACUUGAGAUGUUAAUACACAUACCCAUUGAUUGUGUUUAUUAUUUUUUCUCUUCAUUUGUAAUAUGACAAAUGGGGGAAAAAAGGAAAUUAGAAGACUUUUAGUGAAAUUUGCCCUUUUUUAAUCACCAUCCAUAAGUCGUCCCAAAUUUAAGCCUAAUCCCUCAUAAAUGUUAUUCUAAUUUGCAGAAUUUAUUUUUUGUGUAUAAAUAUUGUAUUUUAUUCGGUUUAUUCACAACUUAUGAAUUUAAAAACAUCUUAUUCGCUCAUCCGUUUUAUGUAUAAUUUGUAAAUACUUUUAUUUUUAUGUAAAUAAACACGUGCAAUAUCAGUGUUCUGUCAACAUAGCCAAAAAAAUAUCCAACAAUUGAAACAACAUAAUGAAAUACAAUUCAAUU